AUGCAGACGCAACUGUUUCACACACUCUAUCAUACUUCAGCCAACGUCUUGCUGGGCUCUCCUACUGGUAGUGGAAAGACAGUUGCUUGUGAGUUGGCCAUGUGGUGGGCCUUCCGUGAGCGGCCAGGGUCCAAGGUCGUUUAUAUCGCACCAAUGAAAGCAUUAGUUCGUGAGCGAGUGCAAGACUGGCGGAAGCGAAUCACGACCGCGAUGGGUCUGAAAUUGGUGGAAUUGACUGGUGAUAACACACCUAAUACUCGUACAAUCAGAGACGCGGAUAUCAUCAUUACAACACCUGAGAAGUGGGAUGGUAUUUCUCGUAGUUGGCAGACUAGAGGAUACGUGCGUCAAGUCAGCUUGGUCAUUAUUGACGAAAUCCAUCUACUAGGCGGCGAUCGUGGUCCUAUUUUGGAGAUUAUCGUCUCGCGUAUGAACUACAUUGCAUCCCAGUCGAAAGGAUCCGUUAGAUUGAUGGGGAUGUCGACUGCAUGCGCCAAUGCUACGGACCUAGGAAACUGGUUGGGCGUCAAGGAAGGGCUGUACAACUUCCGACACUCCGUUCGUCCUGUGCCGCUAGAAAUCUUUAUUGACGGGUUCCCAGAGCAGCGCGGGUUCUGCCCCUUGAUGCAGUCAAUGAAUCGCCCAACUUUCCUUGCAAUCAAGAAUCACUCGCCGGAGAAACCCGUUAUUGUUUUUGUGGCUUCUCGAAGACAGACACGAUUGACCGCCAAGGAUUUGAUCAAUUACUGCGGUAUGGAAGAUAAUCCAAGACGGUUUGUGCGAAUGUCUGAAGACGAUCUUCAAGUAAAUCUCGCGCGUGUCAAGGACGAUGCGUUACGAGAAGCACUCAGCUUCGGUAUCGGUCUGCAUCAUGCAGGUCUUGUUGAGUCGGACAGACAACUUGCAGAAGAAUUAUUUGCAAAUAACAAGAUCCAGAUUCUUGUCGCUACUAGUACCUUGGCCUGGGGAGUGAACUUGCCUGCACAUCUUGUUGUGGUGAAAGGAACACAGUAUUUCGAUGCCAAGAUCGAAGGAUACAAAGAUAUGGAUUUGACUGAUGUGUUGCAAAUGCUUGGUCGUGCUGGACGACCGCAGUUCGACAACUCGGGUAUUGCUCGGAUUUUCACACAAGAUGCCAAGAAACCAUUCUACAAGCACUUCCUGCACACAGGAUUCCCGGUAGAAUCAACAUUGCACAAAGUUCUAGACAAUCACUUGGGCGCUGAAGUGUCUGCAGGAACCAUUGUAACGAAGCAGGAUGCGUUGGAUUAUUUGACCUGGACAUUCUUCUUCCGCCGUCUACACAAGAAUCCUUCAUAUUAUGGACUCGAGAUUUCUGCCGAUGAACACAACACCAUGGCAGCACAACAGAUCGCAUCCGAAUUCAUGAUUGACCUUGUCGACAAAUCACUCAAUGAACUUUCCGAAUCUUCCUGUGUAACCCUGGAUGUGGCAACCGGAGAGGUUGAUUCUACUCCAUUCGGUAAGAUUAUGAGUUACUACUACCUCUCACACAAGACAAUCCGCUACUUGAUGAGCCAUGCGGUUCGGCAGCCGUCAUUCGAGCAAGUACUGGCAUGGAUGUGUUCAGCCACCGAGUUCGAUGAGCUCCCCGUCCGCCACAAUGAAGAUCUCGUCAAUGCUGAGCUUGCGAAGAAUCUUCCGAUAUCCAGCCUACCUGAAGGAAUGGGUGACUUGCCAAUGUGGGAUCCACAUAUCAAGGCGUUCUUGCUUUUGCAAGCCUAUAUGUCUCGCAUCGAUCUGCCUAUAUCGGAUUACGUCGGUGAUCAAACAUCGGUUCUCGACCAGGGUAUCCGUAUCAUCCAGGCUAGUAUCGAUGUCCUAGCUGAGUUGGGGUACUUACCUGCGUGUCGUAUGAUGAUGACACUCUUGCAAUGCAUCAAAUCUGCGCGAUGGCCUGAAGAUCAUCCGUUGUCAAUCUUGCCUGGUAUUGAGCCUGAGAUCCUUACAGCGGCUGUGGCAAGUAACGAAACAAAGAAAAAUAAGAGAGCAUCUACCAACUCGCCAGAUUCACUCGUUGCGCUUUCGUCCAUGCGGCCCGCGACCAUUGUUCAGGCAUUGAACGAGACGCUAUCAUCGACGCCAACAUUCAGGCCCCUAGCAACCCACCAAGUCGAUAAAAUCGUCACCUCAGCUCUACCGCGUCUCUCGAUUUCUGUAUCAGAUAUAUCACCAAAGAGCAUUACAAUAUCGCUCGCCCGUCAAAACACACCCCUGACAUCAGAUUUCAAAAUCCAUGCUCCGCGAUUCCCGAAGCCACAGACCGAAGGCUACUUCCUGAUCGUGACCGCUUCAAGCGGUGAGGGUAAUGGAGAACUACUCGCCUUGAAACGAGUGUCGUGGUUCAAUCCCCAGGCCAGAAACAACACCGAACACUCUCGUGGACAGAGAAGAAACAAUGGUAUCACAGCCAAAGCCACUGUGAAAUUCCCUAACGAGUUCUUGUUGUCUUCGCCGACAGAUGCAGCCACGAGGAAAGUGGAUGUUCUUAUCGUGAGCGAUUCCUAUAUCGGAAUGGAGUGGAAGAUGGUUGGUGUCGAGGUACCGGUAUUUCCCGAGUCAAAUGGGGAGGGACCCUCGUCAAGGACUGUAGAUGUUGAUGCAAGAGUGGAGAAGAAGUGA